AGAAGCGCGCGCCCCUUUCAUGAACACGCACCCUCUCUUAUAAGCAAUCACACGAACCUGUCUGUUUUUCUCUUGUUUUCUCACAUCCUACUUUUACAACCUUUUUUAUUUUGCUGCAUCGAAAAACCUGCUAAGUUGCAUUCCCAAAUCCACCAUUAGCUGUAUCCUCUGUUAUACGUGGUUGGGGAGGACGGGUUUCAACGAAGAAAACAGAAGAAAUAAGCGUAAGCCAUACGUACAAGCCUCGUCAUGGCGUUCGUGCGAGACCGCGCCGCCAAAGAUGAACGCACGACGAGUACUCGUUCGCUGAAGACGCUUUUCGUCGUGUUCUGUCUCGUCUUGCUGAGCGGUGCAUUGGCGAUGCGGGGUUCCUUCAGAGACGCGUUUACGCGGCCUAUGUACGUCAGCGAGCAUCGUGCGUACGGUGAGCCCGACUGCCGGCCGGCCAACGUAGCGAUCUCCGUCGCCACAUCCGUCAUCAACGCCUUCACUCAGGCGGUGCUGAUCCCUGCCUUGAAGGCGGAGAUCAACACGGCGGUCAUCCCGGAACAGGAGGACGAUCACAUCUGGGUCGAUCAAAUGGUUCUGAUGAACUUCACAUUGGAUUCGCUCACGAUCGAGACGGCAGCGCCAGACGCGCAAAGCGUGACGAUCAACGCCAAAGGCUUCGGGCUAGACGUAAACGAGACGCGGUUCCGCUACUCCUACUUGGGCAUCCGCUGCUACGGUCACUUCACGGCGACGUUGAACGAAACAGACAUCGACACAACGAUCGGAUUCACGCUGCUGCCGGAGAGCUACUGGAACGCCACCUUCGCGCAGUUGAGUUUUGCGUGGGGCACCCUUGCGAUUCAGCACUCCCUCGACAGCAAAGCCUGCGGGAUUGCGCAGUCUAUCGUGGAGCUGUUUACCGGGCAGAUGGACAAGUACAUCUCCGAGCAGGUGCAGAAGAAGCUGGAUGUCGACGGCAAGCGCAAGGCGACGGAAGUGUUGAAUUCCCGUUUGGCUGAUUUUUACCUGCGUGCACUGAGCCCACCCAUCAUGACGCCAGAUCGGCUGGCGGUUGUCUUGGAUGCGACGCCUGCGCCGGUCGGCUGUCCACCGCAGCCAGCCGUCAGCGACCUCCCACCGUUGCUGCCGCGCGACAUCGCGGCGCACACGACGGUGCACGACAUCAACAACGUGCUCUACAACGUCGCCCUCCACGGUCGACUGCGGUGGGAGGACCAUCUGCCGGAUGAUAUGAACACCUCCCUCUUCUCGGAUGUGCUGCCAGGGGUGUAUGAGAUGUGUCCAGAGUGUCUCAUGUACACACUGGUACGCGCUUCUUCGCCGCCGGUGGCUGUGUUUCUGCCGGUCAACACCGUGACGAUGACGUUGCGCGACGUUGUCGUUGGGCUCUACGUCGUGCCGCGAACGAGCGCCGAGCGGGAUGCCGUCGAGAGCUUCACGUCAACGCAUGACUUUCCCAGCCGUGAGAAGUUUAUUGAGGUGUCUCGCCGCCUCGGUAUUGUCGAUGACUACAAGUCGAAUGCACACUCAGACAUUCCCGUCCUCGCGCUUUCGUGCAGCGCUACGCUCGGUGUGCGGAACGUCACCUUUGAGAAGGGACGUGCUGUUCGCUACCAGGUGCUCCGCGUUGACGACUUUCGAGUGGAUGUGGUGGCUUCUCUGAUCGGCGACGUGGACGUGGUGAAUGUCGAGCAGAAGGGAAUGGAGAUGUGGAACGAAAUGGCGAUGCCCCUCAUCAACGCUAAAUCGCCGUACAAGCUUCCCUUCUUUGUUCGCAAAGCGGUGCUGGACAUGACACUGGUGAAAGCCGACGCCGGCUUCAACAUUGGCCUGAUGAGUGAGUUUGUCUCCCUUAUUAUGAGAGAGUUGAGCUAG